GGGCGCGGCCCCAUGACAGCCCCCGCUGUCUCAGCUGCGUCCCCCAGCUGCCCUGGAGCUGCGGAGCCCGAGAGCGCAGCGCCCUUGCCGGAGACGCUCAGCGCCCCGCGGGCCCGGCCACAGACCGAGGGGAUUUUAAAUUGAGAUUAAAAUGGAUAUUCGAGGAGCUGUAGAUGCUGCUGUCCCAACAAACAUCAUUGCUGCCAAAGCUGCUGAAGUUCGGGCAAACAAAGUAAACUGGCAGUCAUAUCUCCAGGGACAGAUGAUUUCUGGUGAAGACUGUGAAUUUAUUCAAAGAUUUGAGCAGAAGAGGAGCCCAGAAGAAAAGCAAGAAAUGUUGCAAACUGAAGGCAGUCAGUGUGCUAAAACAUUCAUAAACCUGAUGACUCAUAUCUCCAAGGAACAGACAGUUCAGUACAUUCUAACUAUGAUUGAUGAUAUGCUGCAAGAAAAUCAUCAGCGUGUUAGUAUCUUCUUUGACUAUGCAAAACGUGGUAAGAACACUGCAUGGUCCUACUUUCUGCCUAUGUUGAACCGCCAAGAUCACUUCACUGUGCACAUGGCAGCAAGAAUUAUUGCUAAAUUGGCUGCCUGGGGAAAAGAGCUUAUGGAAGGCAGUGAUCUGAAUUAUUACUUCAACUGGAUUAAAACUCAACUUAGUUCACAGAAACUUCGUGGUACUAUGGGUGCUAUUGAAACAGGAACAGUCUCAACAAGUGAUAGUUCCCAAUAUGUGCAGUGUGUGGCUGGAUGCCUGCAGCUGAUGCUCCGGGUCAAUGAAUAUCGCUUUGCAUGGGUAGAAGCAGAUGGAGUAAACUGUAUCAUGGGAGUCCUGAGCAACAAAUGUGGCUUCCAGCUCCAGUAUCAGAUGAUUUUUUCCAUAUGGUUGUUGGCGUUCAGUCCUCAAAUGUGUGAAUAUCUGCGAAGGUAUAAUAUUGUUCCAGUUCUGUCUGAUAUUCUCCAAGAAUCUGUCAAAGAGAAAGUAACUAGGAUCAUCCUUGCAGCAUUUCGGAAUCUUUUAGAAAAAUCUACUGAAAGAGAAACUCGCCAAGAAUAUGCUCUCGCUAUGAUCCAAUGCAAAAUUCUAAAGCAACUAGAGAACUUGGAUCAGCAGAAGUAUGAUGAUGAAGACAUAAGUGAGGAUAUUAAGUUUCUACUGGAAAAACUUGGUGAGAGUGUCCAGGAUCUUAGCUCAUUUGAUGAGUACAGUUCUGAACUCAAGUCAGGAAGAUUGGAAUGGAGUCCUGUACACAAAUCUGAAAAAUUUUGGCGAGAGAAUGCUGUGAGAUUAAACGAAAAGAAUUAUGAGCUAUUGAAAAUCCUGACAAAGCUUCUGGAGGUUUCUGAUGAUCCGCAAGUCUUAGCUGUAGCUGCUCAUGAUGUGGGUGAAUAUGUACGACAUUAUCCUCGAGGGAAGCGAGUGAUUGAGCAGCUUGGUGGUAAACAGCUUGUAAUGAACCACAUGCAUCACGAAGAUCAGCAAGUUCGCUAUAAUGCUCUUCUGGCUGUGCAGAAGCUGAUGGUUCACAACUGGGAAUAUCUUGGGAAGCAGUUACAGUCGGAACAACCUCCAACAGCCACGGCACGAAGCUAAACAUUUCAGAUUGUACGGUGCAACCCCUUCCUUCCUGAGUAUAGUUGGAUAUAUAUAUGUUAAAUUGAUAAAAGCAAAUGUUCUUGGUUGCAAUAUUUCCUGCUGCUAAUGUGUCAACUUCUUUCCUGUUUUCCUCUGGUGCUGUCAACUAGUAAAAUUUAGUGUUCGUUCAGCCACUUCUGACAAAUCUGCCAGUUGACAUCCAACUAUAUUAUGAACAUUCUGAAGAAACAUUGCUGAUACGUACUGCCUUUGUAUGCAUGUAUUUAUUGUUGUCUCAUAAUAACCUUAUUAAAGUAUAUUCAUUCCAGGA